CCCGUCUCCUCCCCGUCUGGCAAGAUGGCGGCGGCGAUGGCGGCGGCUGCGGGGGUGUUGGGCCUGUGUCCGGCGGGCGCCCCCGAGAGCCGCGUCUUGGCCUACGCCCUGCACCGCUGGAGCAGCUUCUCCUCCACUUACCUGCCCGAGAAUAUUUUAGUGGACAAGCCCAACGAUCAAUCUUCACGGUGGUCUUCCGAGAGCAACUACCCUCCCCAGUAUCUGAUCUUGAAACUCGAAAGACCCGCCAUUGUCCAAAGCAUCACUUUUGGAAAAUACGAGAAGACCCACGUCUGCAAUUUAAAGAAGUUCAAAGUUUUCGGUGGGAUGAAUGAAGAGAACAUGACAGAUCUGUUAUCUAGCGGCUUGAAGAACGAUUAUAACAAAGAAACCUUCACCUUGAAGCAUAAAAUUGACGAGCAGAUGUUCCCCUGCCGUUUUAUUAAGAUAGUUCCGCUGCUAUCUUGGGGUCCCAGCUUCAACUUUAGCAUCUGGUACGUUGAGCUGAACGGCAUCGAUGACCCGGAUGUGGUACAGCCCUGCCUCAAUUGGUACAGCAAGUACCGUGAACAGGAAGCCAUUCGCCUCUGCCUGAAGCACUUUCGCCAGCACAACUACACGGAGGCGUUUGAGUCCCUGCAGAAGAAAACCAAGAUCGCGCUGGAGCACCCCAUGCUGACAGACCUCCACGACAAACUUGUCCUGAAGGGGGAUUUCAACGCCUGUGAGGAGUUGAUAGAAAAAGCUGUGAACGUAGAAACAGUUUAUUUGUUUGGCGGCUGGGACGGGACUCAAGACCUCGCCGACUUCUGGGCGUACAGCGUGAAGGAGAACCAGUGGACGUGUAUAUCCAGAGACACCGAAAAAGAGCUGAUGGAAAAGUUGGCUGCUCUGCUGCCGAGAAAUAAACAAGAUGCUUUGGCAGGACAGGAUGACACAAAAACGUCUAAUGAAGCCUCUGGAGCCGAUGCAACAGAGACGUCCACGCCGAAAGCUACUGGUGAAUAUCUCAGAACCGGCUGUCUUUUAUUGCAGAUGUGCAUGGAUUCCGAGAAGCACAUGAUCUACACCUUUGGCGGAAGGAUUUUGACGUGCAACGGCAGCGUGGACGACAGCCGAGCCAGCGAGCCGCAGUUCAGCGGCCUCUUUGCUUUCGACUGUCGGUGCCAGACGUGGAAGCUCUUGCGGGAGGAUUCGUGUAACGCCGGCCCCGAGGACAUCCAGUCCAGGAUAGGGCAUUGCAUGUUGUUCCAUUCAAGGAAUCGCUGCCUGUACGUGUUUGGCGGGCAGAGGUCGAAAACGUACUUGAACGACUUCUUCAGUUACGACGUAGACAGCGAUCACGUGGACAUCAUCUCAGACGGCACAAAGAAAGAUUCAGGGAUGGAGCUGAGGCUGAGACUGCCUGGCCAGAGAACACGCGGUAAAUUCCUGAACGGGCAGGACGGCCGCUACAUCUCCAUUUUAGAAGGGUUGACUGGAGGCCAGGUUUUUGAUGACGGUCCAUCGCUUUUCACGAUUACUACCUUGAUUUUGAUCCUGGCGUUCUUUCAUGGGUUGAUUCAAAAGCUUCGGCAAGCCAGCUACGUUAAGCACGCGCGCGCUGGGUGA